AUGGCGGCUUUCCGAUGCGCCGUUCUCAUAUCUCCGGAGACUUUACUUCCGUCGUACACCACCAGAAGGAGAAUCUCCUUCAAAAUUAUCCGAUGUUCUUCGGUUUCAAUUCCGAAAAGGAAAAAUUACCUGCGACCCAAAAUCCUUAGAACCCUAAAUCCGAAACCUCGGGAAACCGUCUCAAUCGGAAUCCAAUCGCCAGAAAUUUUCCCUCCUAGCGACGUUAUCUCCAACGAUGGUGUAGAGGAGCUUCAGGUCAAUAGUAGCUCGGUUGUGUCGAACGAGGUGAGUGGCAUAUUUAGUAAGCUCUCUCCGAAGUUAGUAGCCAAGUAUGGAUUGUAUUUGAUCGGAAUAUUCGCUUUUCAAACUGUGUGUGCUGUUUUGUUUCUGGGAAACUCAACAAAUUCCGGGAAAACGCCGGAAAGUUCGAGUAGGAGUCUUUCAUUGAAUCUAAAAAGGCAAAAUGGGGUAAAAUUGAGCAAUGUGGGUUUGCUAGAUGAGCUUGAGAUGAAUGAGAAAAUUGCAGAGAUUAGAGUGAUGGCACGAGAAGCACGUAAAAGCGAGGAAAAGAGUGGUAAGAAAGAAGAAGAUGAAGCCUUGAAUCCUGGUGGAGGGAUUGACAUUGAGAAGGAGAUUGAAGCAAGAUUGUCUAGCAUGGAGAAACGGUUGAAUUCGCAGAGAAAAGGAUUGGCGGGAUUACGUGUUGAACCGUUGGAUGAAUCUAGAAAUGAUGAUGUUUUGAAGGAUGAAAAGAGUUUGAUGUUUGAGAAGAAGUAUAAGUUUAAAGCCGAGAAACCGCUGACAGGUAAUGUGAAAGGCUUUGAUGUAAGUAAGGGAAACAAUGAGGUUAUGUCUGAGACCGGGAAGUCCGGGCAAAAUGGGAACGUUAGUGACUCACGAGAUGGUGAGAAGAAUCGUGAAGAACGGCAAAAAGAAAAUGGAAAUGCAGAUUCCAAGAUGAUUUCUGGUGCUGCUCAGGAAUCUGAGCAAAGGCACCCAUCAAACGAAGUUAAGAAGCCAAGAAACUUCGGAAAUCGAGUGGGCGGAAAACCAAAUAUGGAACCUGGUUCUGGAUUUGGUAAGAAGUCAUUGUCAGGCCAACAUGGAGAAGUCAAGAAAGGAAACCCAAUGAGAAGAGUGGGAGAAAAACAAUCUGGGAUAGAGAAUAAAAUGUGGUGGCUGAAGUUUCCGUAUGUGUUGAGAAUUCUUAUGCGGAGUAAUAUUGACGAAGAAAUAUCUGAGGGAUAUUUUACAUUGAGGACAGAAUCUAUGGAACAAAACGGGGAUCAAGUUUCACAUAUAAUUGCAUUUGAGGAUCAAAAUGAUGCUAGAAAUUUCUCUUAUCUGCUCAAAUCAGUUUUUGAAGACUUAGAUGGUUUCAGCGCCAAUGUAGUUCCUAUAUCAACCAAGGACCUUCAUGACGAAGUGAGCUCUGGUGGGAAGAAUGUGAUUGUCGUGAAGAAGAGGCAGAUAACGUUGUAUGCUGGACAACCAUUUGAGGAUGUUGAAAGAGCUCUGCAUACUCUAAUCGAAGAACAAUGA